GAAGCACUCGGCCUCCUCUUCUCUCACUUGCGGGCGGGAAGCGAGCAUGGCGGAGCUCCGUCUGCUACCGCGCCGCGCACAGGACUUCGCCUCGGCCGACUUCUGGGAGCGCUUCUUUCGAGAGCGCGGCGGGCGGGCCUUCGAGUGGUACGGGGCCUGGAAAAGUCUCCGGGCGCCGCUGGAACGGUACUUGCGCCCGCGGGACUCGAUCCUUGUUGUUGGUUGUGGAAACUCAGAACUGAGUGAGGAGCUCUAUGAUGAAGGUUAUCAAGAUAUCAUCAAUGUGGACAUAAGUGAAUUGGUUGUAAAACAGAUGCAGGAACGCAGUGUUCAUCUAAGACCCAAGAUGACCUACAUGGUUAUGGAUGUGCUGCAGAUGGAUUUCCCUGAUGGGCACUUCCAAGUGGUGCUGGACAAAGGCACUCUUGAUGCUCUGCUGACUGAUGCGGAAGAAAUGAGUCUGAGACGGGCUGAAAGAAUGUUUGCUGAAAUCGGUCGGGUUCUGCGGUUUGGGGGGCGUUAUCUUUGUGUCUCCUUGGCACAAGCACAUGUGUUGAAAGCAGCUGUGGAACAUUUCUACCAGCAAGGCUGGAUGGUUCGAAUACAUCAAGUCUCCAGCAAUGAAACAGACACUUCAGAAGGAGAGUUUGCCCUUCCUGUCUUUGUCUAUGUUAUGACAAAGAUAAAGCCUGUCCCAGGCUCAACUCUGUGCAUCCUAGAACUGUGUACUGAAGAACAGCACAAACCUGUCCGGUUCAGCAGCACUCAACAUCUGAUUGAGGCAGUAGAAGAGAGACAACAAUAUUGUUUGUUACGGAGUCAGCUCAGAAGAAAUCCCAGUGCAGGGACCAUCUGUCUCGAUCUCUGCAGCAAAGAUACCGAUACCAGCCAAGUCCGCUAUACUUUACAUGUUGUACACAACCCAACCGUGAAAGUGUCCCGUGACAAUCAAUUUGCCAUCUUCAUCAUACCACAGGGAAGAGAAAAUGAAUGGCUAUUUGGGACAGAAGCAGGACGGAAGCAAUUGGCUGCAAGUGCUGGGUUCUGGCGUUUAGUAACUGUGGUCUUACACAGAGAUCAGCAGUAUGAAGACAUGGGAACCAUCCAGGCAGAACUGUCAGAAAAGGUGAUGGAGUUGGCCCCACCUGGACUUCCAGCCCAGCAGCAGGUACCCUUUCUGUCAGUGGAUGGAGACAUUGGGAUGCGCACCAUCCAACAUCGUGCUACUAGCCCCUGUAGUGGGGAAUAUAUUAUUGAAGAUGUGAAAGGAGAUGGUGCCCACUACUUCCGCCACCUCAUCUUCCUCAGCAACAGGAAUGUGGUGCAGUCAGAAGCAAGGCUGUCAUCCAGGACAUCCCAUAAAGGGAAUAAGAAGCACAAAAAGAAGAAAAGUGCAUCUUCCAGUAGCCAAAAGGAACCCAUUGAUGUAUCAGCCAAUCCGUCUAUUGACAAAACCUACCUGUGUUGUGCUCAUCACAGAACCAUGAUUGCUGGACUCUGUCUUCUGAAAAAUCCCGAAUGCCUCCCAGAAACCCGGAUCCGUGUGUUAGUUAUUGGCCUGGGUGGUGGCAGCCUGCCUCUCUUCAUCCAUGAUUACUUCUUGCAAUGCUGUAUUGAUGUGGUGGAGAUUGACCCAGCCAUGCUGGAAGUUGCUACACACUGGUUUGGCUUCUCUCAAGAUGACAGGCUCAAAGUUCACAUUGCGGAUGGCUUAGCCUAUGUUGCCAGCCUUGGAACAAAAGCUUCAUCUUCCUAUGAUGUUAUCAUGUUUGAUGUGGACAGCAAAGACCCUACCUUAGGAAUGAGCUGCCCACCACCAGCUUUUGUGGAGAAGUCUUUUCUUCAGAAAGCAAGGUCCCUUUUAAAAAUGGAAGGCAUUUUUAUUCUCAAUUUGGUGUGCCGAGACUCCCUGCUUCGAGAUGCUGUCUUAGCUACCCUUAAAGAGAUUUUCCCUUUCCUCUAUACCUGUAAGAUUGAAGAGGAAGUCAAUGAGAUCCUGUUCUGCCAGCAACAGGCAAGGCACAAACUGUCUCCAGCAGAAGUCCAAGAGACAGCUCAGAUUCUUGAGAAGGCAUUAAGGCAACCUGGUUGGGCAUGGGAUAGCACUUAUGUAUUGGCUGAUGUGCUGGAAACAGUGAGAUUGGUGUGAAGAAGCAAUAAUUUGAUGCCAUAUAGUGUCUUUUGGAGAGACGUAACAACGUUCUGUGGACUAGGGAUUAUGCUAUCCAUCAGUUCCACAUUCACAUCUCUUGCAAAUAUGGAGGCACUUGCAUUCAGAUCACGGGAAGAAGAGGAAAUGCCUAAUCUAUACUUGAAGAUUAAGCAUACUGGAAAACCUUCUCUAAGGAGACUGAGAUAUUCAGGGAAGAUUGUCAGUACCAUGCAACACUUCCCAGGAAUAGUUCCUAGUUCUGGGCAUGCACAGCAUUUGUACUGAAAAUAUACUGCCUCACUCUUAUUCUGUGUGGUCAUUGAUGGUUGAUUUAAUAUGUUUAAUAGCAUUACAAAUGUAAAUAAAAUCAUCUUCUCUGAUUAUUAAUUUGGGAUUUGAUAGGAUUAAUAUGAAACAGUCACCAGCAGCUCUGACAUUUGGAAUUUUCAAGAUGGCCUGUUGUAGAGACCUAUAAAAAACAUGGUCUACAAUAUAGGCCAUUGUAUCUAUUUCAACAAACAAAUAAUACCAUGGUCUCUUUAAGAUAAGGGUGAGCAACUGCAGCAGGACCAGGGGCCAAUUUUCAGACCAUGAGAUUCUCAAUCAGCUGUACAGACUGGAAAAAUAAGUAUUUGUUUUUGUUAGGGUUCAUACUGUAGAUAUACUUGAUGGGUAAUUGAAUAGCACUGGAGGAAAUUAAUAAUUCCAGUUAUGAAAUGCAAAUAACAUCAACAGACAGAAAUUAAAACUCACUUAGCAUUUUUCUCCCCCCAAGGAAUUGGUGUUGUGCAGCUCCACCCAAGACUGGGUCACUGAAUAAAACUGGAGGAAAUUAGUAACUCCUGUUACGAAAUAUGAAUCAUGUUAACAGACAGGAAUUAAAACUCACUCAGCUUCUUUCUUCCCCCAAGGAAUUAGUGUUGUGCCACUCCACCCAAGACUGAGAUCACCGUUUUAAGUCAUUAUGAAUCAAUAUCUCCACAUGUUGCAAUGGGACAUCCUAUGUGUGUAUUUUCAGUGAGCAACUGGUAAUGGUGGGUGGGAGCCUAAAGUUCAGAUGCAUGCUGAAAACUUUAACUUUCUUGUUUGUAGAAUCUGCUGCCAGCAGCUUCGUUCAAAACAACAUCUGGGGGCCUGCAGGGUGCAACACCCAUCUACUAGCUGCUUGAUCAGCUUUGGGGAUUUUUUUGAUUGAGGGAAAAAGAGUCAGUCUUGUGCUCGGGGCAGAGGCUGCCAUUUUCCCACUCUGUGCAAAUCAGAUUAAGCAAGCCCACACAAAUCCCCACAACCAAAUCAGUGACUGCAGAAAUUAAGGUACUUGCAUCAGUGCCCACUCCCUAAGCAGCCAGGGAGAAAGGAUCAAUCUCCAUUGCAGCCCCUUCCACACAACUGUAUAAAAUCUACAUUGAACUGGAUUAUAUGGCAGUGUGGACUCAGGUAACCCAGUUCAAAGCAGAUAUUGUGGAUUAUCUGCCUUGAUAUUCUAGAUUAUAUGGCUGUGUGAAAGGGCCCUACAUAGUAGUGGAGACUAUCAGUACAUUAGAUGGGUGUAGGGUCCCAGCUUUACAUCAAGCCCUGGGCUCCCAACACAUGAGUGCUUAAACAGCAUCUCUAGUCUCAGUCCAUUUUCAAUCAUGAUUCAAGGUGUUGGUAUUGUCUUUAAAGCUCUCUAUGGCUAGGAACCUAAUGGGUAACCUCCCCAGGAAGAAGUAAUUGUCAGAGAUUCUCCUUGCCUCUGACUUGAGUGGCAACUCAGAAGGACUGAGUUGGUAUUGGUUUAUGUCCUAUACUGUAGGAUGGGAACGAAAUAUUGUCCUCCCAGCUGAACACAAACCUGGGAUAAGCAGAAAGGCAAAGAGCCAAUAAACAAUUUUGGCUAAAGAAAUUGUCAAGCAUAGUCCUGCUUUCAGUCCAUACCGACACUGAUCACUGGCCAAGAUUGUUAUUUUAUUUCAAGCAUCAGUAUUUUACUUCUGAGCAACAUAGAAAAAGACAAAAGGAUCACUUACACUGAUCACUUAGGCCCAAUUAGCACAAGAUGCUAAUUUGUCAUAUCCUGGGGCAAGUACACCUCAAUGCACCCUUGUCCUAGGUUAUGCUAAUUUGGGAGAAAACCCAAUCCUCAUGUCUCAAGACAAUUUUCCAGAUGUUGAAGUACAAAGGCACAUUGAUGCUAUUUGCUUAAGAAAGGAGCCUGUGGCUUCACAAACGGACAGACACCCUGGAUUCCAAGAGCUGCUUUUUACUGCACUUUGUCUCAGUUCCCACAUGGCCCCUGCCUGCAUUAAAUCCCUGAACUCAGUGGUUCUCAAGCUGUGAGUCCCCAGAUGUUUUGGCCUUCAACUCCCAGAAAUCCUAACAGCUGGUAAACUGGCUGGGAUUUCUGGGAGUUGUCGGCCAAAAUACCUGGGGACCCACUGCUUGAGAACCACUGCCUUAACAAGAGAAACAUCUUACACGAACUGUAGAUCUGUAAUUACCUAAACCAUGUGUUUUCUUAUUUAUAACAUCUUUUCUUGAUGAAAAAGUCAGAGUUUCAAAAAUGCUGUGCAUUUUUAUGGGCCAGUAAUGGUAUCGCUGUUUUGUGGAAGAAGAUCCUGCACUUAUUUUCAGAAUCAGCUUUAUUCUAUUGUGACAAACUGUUCACAAAUUCCAUGACUAAAUUGUAAUAUUUAUAAUUUUGUGGGCAAUCUUUAAACAGCUCCCCUAAAAUACUUACUUCAAAAAAGUUCCCAGGAUUUUAUCCUGCUUUUUCCUCCUCUCUAUGAAAAAAGCUUCUGUGUAAGAAGGAAGGAGGUGUUUGUGUCGUUUUGCUAGGCAGGCCAAUGUGGUUUUGUUGUAAUCACAACAAAAAGAAAUGGCUGUCUGAGAAGCUACGUACAUACAAUGUAUUUAAUUCACAUUAUGUUUUUCCUUCCACAAUGAAUCAUGGUUAACAAAUAUACACAAGGCUGUGGUUCUCAAACAUCUUUCGGAGUAAAAGAAGAUUAAUAAAAGCUUCUUUUUUUAA